AAACAUUUAUUAUACACGGAAUUAGAGGAUGCGUAUGAUGUUUUUAUGAGAUGAGUUCAAGAAAGUUGAAAUCGUUAUCAGUUCAAGAAUGGCGUUUGCAAGAGUGGGAAUAUCUUGGUCAUUCAGUUCAGCAUAGAAGUCUGUUGUCAGAAUUGUGUUAUCCCGGAGCAGACAUUAAACAUGUGGGCAAUGUACGCGUAAUUUUCUCGGAGAAGUUUAAGCUUGGCGAAGGAAGUAAUGAAACCCGUGUUUAUCUUGGACUGACAAAUAAUGGCUACGGUAAAGCAGUGAAGCAAAUGCGUAGAGAUAACUACCUCCAGCCUGCACAGCAUGAAAAGAAAAUUUUAAAUGAAUUCAAUGCAAAAAAGUCGAAAUAUGUUGUGAAUUAUUACUUCUUAGAGGAAGAUACUGGAACAGAGUAUGUUUAUUUGAUCUUAGACUUAUGUGAGGAAUCACUGGAGAAGUUUGUGAAUGAUUCUACUCUGCAUUAUCUUCAAAAAGCUCUUCCCGAUAUUCUUAGACAAAUUUUGAAUGGAUUAGAUGAUCUUCAUAGGGGCCCAGAUUCUAUUCUUCAUCGGGAUUUGAAACCGUCCAAUGUUCUCCGUGACGUAGACGGCAAUUUUCUGAUAGCUGACUUUGGCAUUAGUCGAAUGUUGAAGAAUGGAUCUAAAACAUACAAAAGCAAUUUUAACAGGGGAACUGAAUAUUGGAAUGCUCCUGAAUCAUAUUGUGAAGACGAAGAUUCAAAUGAAGCACGUAAUGAAGAUCCAAAUAAAGCACGUUACAAAAAAGAGUCUGAUGUAUAUAAUGCAGGAAUGGGGGCUUAUUAUGUUGCAACAAAAGGGAAACAUCCUUUUGGAACUAAACGGUUUAGACUGGACAACAUGUUGAAUGGGAAACCUGUUGGUUUGGCCGAAAUCAAGGAUGCAACAUUAAAAGACCUUCUGUCAUGGAUGUUAAAACUACAACCAGAAGAAAGACCAUCUGCCAACGAAGCCUUAAAACAUCCAUUUCUUCUGUCGGAUGACGAGAAAUUUCACUUUUUAUGUAAAGUUGGUGACUUACUGUCGAUUAAAAGAAAUGAUCCCCAAUCUAGUAUCGUCCAACAAAUAAAUAUUGAAUCUUCAAAUUGGAAAAGUCAAAUAGAUAACGAUGUUUAUGAAUAUUUGGUAAAUGGAAGAAAGUAUGGAUCUUCAUGGACAGAAUGCUUAAAGCUCAUUCAAAAUAUUGGCAUGCAUUGGAACGAUCGGCCACGACCUCUACCACAACCAGAACCAUAUUAUAAGAUUGGCGAUUACAGGGCUUAUUUUGUUAAAACAUUCCCCACUCUCCCUGUUUGGAUUCAUGCAGCUGUCAGGUCAAAUAAUGAAUUGAAAGAAUUGUCGGAGCUGACAAUAGACGGUCGAAAAAAAUCAGUUGGUCCUGAACAUCUGGCAACGACUUUAAGCAAGUGUAGAAAAGUGAACCGUUAUAGUAAAGAAAAUGAUUUGUCAUUUGAGAAGCCAAUUCUAAUAAGACCACGUCGUCGGUAUCGUGUUGGUACUGAAUCUUUGAACAGUAUUGAAACAAAUUCUGAUGAUACUGUAGAUGGUAAACCCUCUUCCAAUUUACAAGCUCAUACGGAGAAAAGAAAAGAAAUUAACAAAAUUCUGCUAGAGUUUGCCCGAAAAAUUUCUGAUAAAUGGAAAAAUUUGGCAAUAUUUCUGAAUGUCAAAGAUGCGAAAAUAAAAGAUAUUGAACUAAAUCAUCGUGACGUGGUCUGGCAAGGGUUUGAAAUGCUAAAGUUUUGGUUUGAAUCACGAGAAAAUAAGCAGUUGUGGUACGAAGAACUUGCCGCUGCUCUUCGCAAGAUCGAGAAAUAUAAUUUGGCUGAAGACGUUCUUCAAAAAGAAUUGUCGGAGCUGGCAAUAGACGGUCGAAAAAAAUCAAUUGGUCCUGAACAUGUGGCAACGACUUUAAGCAUGCUUGAUAAUGUGUACCGUUAUAGUAAAGAAAAUGACAAAAUAAAACCACUUCCUAUAAUAAGGAAGCCAAUUCUACAAAAACCACCGGCACCUCGGUAUCGUGUUGUUAUUGAAUCUUCGAACAGUAUUGAAAGAAAUUCUGAUGAUACGGCUAAUGCUAAACCCUCUUCAAAUUUACAAGCUCGUACGAAGAAAAGAAAAGCACAAACCCGAACUCAUGGUUAUGAGGAAAUAUUUGAAUAACAAGAUAAGUAUUUUCCUUUUUGCUUCUUUAUCUUAAUUUGAUAUAUCAGCCUUUGAUAAAGAAUAUUUAAUGAACGUUUUACGCUCAUUCCCUCAUUCCUUAACACGUAAAAGUGGGUUUUUGAAUUAAUACUCAAUCACUCGUGCAAGUAUUUAAUUGUUGUAACGAUGUAUAGAUCUAUGAUAUUGCUUUCAAAACUGCACAUUUUAAAGAAAUAAUUAAAUAUAAUUGAAACUG